GGCUGUAUGGGCUGUGCCUCCGUUUGUCUGAUAUACAAAUAUUUUUUUUGCUAAUAACAAAUUACAAAAAUUACGAUUAAAUCAUUUAUUUAAAUGCAUUAAAAUAGGUAGCGAUUAAAAAGAAAUGCAAAGUUAAAGAACAAAUAGGUUAAGACAAAUAACAAAAAAAUGUACACAGAAGUUGAUGUAUUCGUUAGUAAUUAUACACUGAUCGAUCCUGAAAUAUACCAGUUAUGGAUCGAGGGUUGCUCAUCUAGUGAAGCAGUGUCAACUCUGCAUCAGCGUGGUGCAGCCAAACAUUUAGGAACAUCUGUAGAGCUGAUAGCCAGCGAUGUACUCGAUCAUUACAGAACUUUUGCAUUGCUUGAGAGGCUGCUCACGGUACCAUCAAAGUUGACAGAGCAAAUGAUCUUCCAGCUGGACGAACAGACGAAACACAUGCUCAUAGAGAAAUAUUAUGACCUGGAUGAUGCAGUCAUAAGAGAGUUGCUUGGAAGGAAGUUAUCCUCCAGACACAGAAAAGAUUUAGAUGAGGUGGCGGAACGCUCGGGCGCGCCUCUGCGAUGCUGUCGUCGUCAGUUCGACAACGUGCGUAGAGUGUUCAAGGCAGUGGAAGAGAUGCCCGGAAACGUGGUCGCCAAUAUAAGAAGCACAUUCUUGCUGUCCGACCCGCUCGCGAAGAAGUACGGGGCGGUGGUGUUCAUAGCCUGCAUGAGGUUCGAGACGGCGAAACGGAAGCUGCAAUAUUUAUCCUUCAACGAUUUCUAUCAUUGCGCCCAGGCCAUAAUGGGCAGCUGGACGUACUGUUGCACCGGACCGGAGUACUACGACACGGAGAUGGACCGCGAGUUCCUGCUUGAGCUGCGCGAGCUGAGGAUCCUGCUGGACAAGGAGAAGGAGCACAAGCAUUUGAUAUGCAUGAAGUUAAAGCCUAAACUGCUGGAGAAGUCGUAUCAGGAGUUGGAGCUGAACUUCAGGCUGUACACGCGCGCGCUGGUGGGGCUCGCCUGCAACCUCCACCGCGGCCGGGAGCUCCGAUCUCUCUUCAUUGACCUCUUAGAAAGGUGCGUGGAGCCCCUGCGGCUAGGCGGGUGGCCUCGCACGGACCUGGCGCAGUUCCUGUCGGCCUACGAGCAUUGCGCGCUCCAGAUGGACGUGCUCAGGGAAGCCGACUUGAAAAACGUCUGGGAACGAUACAUGCGCGUCAUAAGUCAAUGCUUACUGACCAUGUACCAUAUCUAGAACCGUGUAUUUAAUAUAGAUCAACAUUGUAUCAGUCAUUGUGUAUUCUUUGUAUAGAAAUAAAGUUUUAUUUGCCGUUA